AUGUUCGGCUACCGCGCGUGAGUGUCUCUCGUCUUGCUUCAGCAUUACCCUCGCACAAUUCCAUGCGGCAUAGCUUGCUUCGGCGCUUUGCAAGCUCGAUGUGUAGGGAAGUGAACUGACUCGAUCCAAUCGUACCUGCCUCGCAGCUACCCAACUCCCAUCAUUCGCCCUCUGUGGCCUUUCCUGACGGCUGGUGUCAUCGUCUACGCUGGUAUCAACUACCUCCAAGAUGCUGCAGUGUCCACUCCCGAGGCCAAGAAGGACCCCAAGAACCCUUACGGUGCGUGUAGCUCGCGCUGCUCAGGCUGCUAUUGGAACAUAGUCAUAGUCAGGCCUCAGAGCAUGGUGGUGCGGUAGAAUGGCGGCUAUCAGGCGGGCAGGUAUCCAAACGCCAACUGCUUUCCUCUGUGUCAGCGAUGUUGGGCUCCGCAGGUUGGAAGCGACGUUGGAUUACAGCAAGUAGUACGCCAAGCCGUCGACAGCUGCGAUUCGCAGAGGUCAUUGUGAGAUGGGAAAGCAGAUACGGGCUCGGAACAGAGACGGAUGCGUUCAGGGAAUUCCGAGGGGCGCCUAGCCACCCGUUGGAAGCAUCUCACCGAGAACGUUGCGUCAGCUCGGACAGCGACUUCUUGCGAUUGCGUCGCGUCACAGGUGCAUGUUGCUGACGCUCAUCGCCGAUUUCUCUUCCAGCACUCAAGGGAGGUAAUGGCCACUAA